AUGGAAGCAUCAGCUGUGUUGGCAACAGUUUCAGUAGCUACAGCUGUGGCUGUAUUGUGGUGGAUAUGGAGAACUCUAAUGUGGGUUUGGUUUAAACCAAAGAUGAUUGAGAGUUACCUGAGAAGACAGGGUCUUCCCGGAACUUCUUACACGCUACUCGUAGGAGAUGUGAAAAGGGAUUAUAGCAUGUUAAAAGAGGCAAAGUCCAAACCCAUCAAACUAACUGAUGAUAUCCUCCCACGUGUCGUGCCUUUCCCCUUUCACAUGCUCAAGACUCACGGAAGCACGUCUUUCUUUACAUGGCGUGGAGCUAUACCAACCAUCACCCUUAUGGACCCUGAGCAUAUCAAGGAAGUGUGCAACAAAGUUUUUGAGUUCCAGAAGCCGAAUACAUUCCCCUUGGCCAAACUGAUAGCCACUGGAAUCUUUAUCCACGAUGGUGAUAAAUGGGCUAAACACCGAAGAAUCAUCAACCCUGCUUUCCACGUUGAGAAGAUCAAGAAUAAGGUACCUGCGUUCUAUCAGAGCUGCAUCGAAGUUGUUAGCAAGUGGGAUAAUAUAGUCUCGGACAAAGGGUUGUCUGGUGAGGUGGAUGUUUGGCCUUGGCUUAUGAGUAUGACUGCAGAAAUUAUCUCUCGUACAGCUUUUGGCAGCAGCUAUAAAGAAGGACAAAGGAUAUUUGAUCUCCAAGUGGAAUUAACACAGCUCAUCAUAGAUGCCUCGAAAAAAAAUUGCAUCCCUGGAUAUAGAUACUAUCCAACGAAGGGUAAUAGACGAAUUAAGGCGGCAGCUAAAGAAAGCGAAGUUAUACUGAGAGGGAUCAUUAACAAAAGGUUAAGGGCUAGAGAAGCUGGGGAAGCACCAAGCGAAGAUUUGCUUGGUACACUUCUUGAAUCGAAUUUAGGGCAAGCUAAAGGAGAUGGAAUGAGCAUUGAGGAUGUGAUGGAGGAGUGCAAGUUUUUCUACUUUGCCGGACAAGAGUCCACUGCAGUACUUCUAGUUUGGACAAUGAUUCUGCUAAGCCAACACCAAGGCUGGCAGGCUCGUGCUAGAGAAGAAGUCAAGCAAGUUUUUGGUGAUAAAGAACCUGAUACAGAAGGUCUUAACCAGCUUAAAGUUAUGACGAUGGUAAUAUAUGAGGUCCUUAGGCUAUAUCCUCCAGUAGCCUAUAUGUACCGAGCCAUUUACAAAGAGAUGAAGCUAGGCGACCUGACACUACCAGCUGGCGUUGAGAUCAAUAUACCUAUUUUGCUACUACAACGCGAUACUCACCUAUGGGGUGAGGAUGCAGCUGAGUUUAAGCCUGAUAGAUUCAAAGAUGGUAUCUCAAAGGCAACGAAGGGCCAAGUCUCAUUCAUUCCCUUUUCUUGGGGACCAAGGAUAUGUGUAGGUCAGAGUUUUGCUCUGAUGGAGGCAAAGAUGGCAAUGGCAUUGAUUCUGCAGAGAUUCUCCUUUGAGCUUUCUCCUUCCUAUGUCCAUGCUCCCUACAAAGUCUUCACCAUUCGCCCACAGUUCGAUUUUCGUGAGAGAUCAAUUAAUGAUGGUGCUCUUAUAUACAGAUCCAAAGAAUGCCAUCUCUCUCUCUCUAUUCUGAGAAAGAAAAUGGAAGCAUCAGCUGUUUUGGCACCAGUUUCAGUAGCUAUAGCUAUAGCUGUAUUGUGGUGGAUAUGGAGAACUCUAGAGUGGGUUUGGUUUAAACCAAAGAUGAUUGAGAGUUGCCUGAGAAGGCAGGGUCUUCCCGGAACUUCUUACACGCCACUCGUAGGAGAUGUGAAAAGGGAAGUUAGCAUGUUAAUGGAGGCAAGGUCCAAACCCUUAAAACUAACGGAUGAUAUCGUCCCACGUGUCUUGCCUCUCCCCUUUCACAUGCUCAAGACUCAUGGUAUCAAGUCUUUCUUUACAUGGCGUGGACCUAUACCAACUAUCACCCUAAUGGAUCCUGAGCAUAUCAAGGAAGUGUGCAACAAAAUUUAUGAGUUCCAGAAACCGAAUACGUUCCCCUUGGCAAAACUGGUAUCCACUGGAAUCUUUAGUCACGAUGGUGAUAAAUGGGCAAAACACCGAAGAAUCAUUAACCCUGCUUUCCACCUUGAGAAGAUCAAGAAUAUGGUACCUGCGUUCCACCAGAGCUGCAUCGAGGUUAUUGGCAAGUGGGACAAUAUAGUCUCGGACAAAGGGUUGUCUGGUGAGGUUGACGUGUGGCCUUGGCUUAUGAGUUUGACUGCAGAUGUGAUCUCUCGUACAGCUUUUGGCAGCAGUUAUGAAGAAGGACAUAGGAUAUUUACGAUCCAAUUGGAAUUAACACAGCUCCUCAUACAUGCUUCUCGCAAAAGUUGCUUCCCUGGAUAUAGAUACUAUCCAACGAAGGUUAAUAGAAGGAUUAAGGCGGCAGCUAGAGAAAGCGAAGAUACACUGAGAGGGAUCAUUAACAAAAGGUUAAGGGCUAGAUUAGCUGGGGAAGCACCAAGCCAGGAUUUGCUUGGUACACUUCUUGAAGCCAAUUUAGGGCAAGCUAACGGAGAUGGAAUGAGCAUUGAGGAUGUGAUGGAGGAGUGCAAGUUUUUCUACUUCGCCGGGCAAGAGUCAACUUCAGUACUUCUAGUUUGGACAAUGAUUAUGCUAAGCCAACACCAAGACUGGCAGGCUCGUGCAAGACAAGAAAUUAAUCAAGUUUUUGGUGAUAAAGAACCUGAUACAAAAGGUCUUAACCAGCUUAAAGUUAUGACGAUGAUAUUAUAUGAGGUCCUUAGGCUAUAUCCUCCGGUAAUCUAUAUGGCCCGAGCCAUUUACAAAGAGAUGAAGCUAGGCGACCUGACGCUACCAGAUGGUGUUCAGAUCAAUCUACCAAUCAUGCUACUACAACGCGAUACUAACCUAUGGGGUGAGGAUGCAGCUGAGUUUAAGCCUGAUAGAUUCAAAGAUGGUGUCGCAAAGGCAACGAAGAGCCAAAUCUCCUAUAUUCCAUUUUCUUGGGGACCAAGGAUAUGCUUAGGUCAGAAUUUUGCAAUGAUGGAGGCAAAGAUGGCAAUGGCAUUGAUACUGCAGAGAUUCUCCUUCGAGCUUUCUCCUUCCUAUGUCCAUGCUCCUUACAAAGUCUUCACCCUUCACCCACAGUUUGGUGCUCAUCUUAUCCUGCACAAGCUUUAG